AUGGCUGACAAGGAGGCAACAAGGGCAUCGUCUCUUUCCGGGCAAACGAUACCGAAUGAAGGUUCCCAGAUGGAUCUGGACGUUGAAAAGAGAGAGUAUGUUUCCUCGGUCAAUGGUGGAAGCAAAGAUGGGUCACAGGACGGCACAACCGCAGAAGAUGAGAACGAGUAUCCCGGAAGUUUUUCUCUCCUCUUCAUUAUUAUCGCGUUAAUCCUCGCCAUGUUCCUGGUGGCACUCGACAUGACUAUCGUUGCCACUGCAAUCCCAGAAAUCACAGAUGAAUUCAAUUCUUUGGACCAGACGGGAUGGUACGGCAGCGCUUUCUUCCUCACCGUGGCUUCCUUCCAGUCUACCUGGGGCAAGGGCUACAAGUAUUUCAACCUGAAGUGGACUUUCCUUCUGGCAAUCUUUAUCUUCGAAAUCGGUUCCUUGAUCUGUGGUGUCGCACAAAACAGCACCACGCUCAUUGUGGGCCGUGCUGUCGCAGGUGCCGGCGCCGCCGGCAUUGCUAGCGGUGUGUACACUAUCAUUGCCUUCUCGGCACCCCCGCGACAGCGCCCAGCCUUCACCGGUCUGCUGGGUGCGACCUACGCCGGUGCUAGUGUUAUUGGCCCCUUGCUCGGCGGUGUCUUUACGACUCAUGUAACGUGGCGGUGGUGUUUCUAUAUCAACCUGCCAGUCGGUGGCUUGAGCGCGAUCAUCAUCCUUUUCUUCUUCCAGAACCCACCAGCAGCCCGUCCUGCGCAAGCAGAUUGGAAGGAGAAGCUUUUGCAGAUGGACCUGGGCGGUACUUUCAUCAUCAUGGCUGCUGUGGUCUGCUAUCUGCUCGCGAUGCAAUGGGCCGGCAGUACCAAGGCAUGGGACUCGGCAGACGUUAUCGGCACGUUGAUCGGUUUCGGCCUCUUGGUCAUUGUCUUCAUCAUCAACGAAUGGUGGAUGGAUGAGCGGGCGUUGGUCCCCAAGCGCCUCCUGAAGAUGCGGAACUUCGUCGUGAGCUGUCUCUUCGUCGUCUUCAGCUUCGGGCCCAUGUUCGUCCUCAUCUACUACCUCCCGAUCUACUUCCAGUCAAUCCAAGGCGUGUCUGCCUCCGAAUCCGGUGUCCGCAACAUCCCGUUGAUCCUGUCCGUCAGUAUAUUCUCCAUCGUCUCCGGCGCCUUGAUCACGAUCUUUGGACACUUUGUGUACCUUAUGAUCAUCUCCUCCGUGAUCACCUCCAUCGGCUGCGGAUUGAUCUACACGCUUGACACCACCACCGGCAGUGGCAAGUGGAUCGGUUACCAGAUCCUCGCCGGCGUGGGCCUCGGACUCGGCUGCCAGAUCCCAAUCAUCGUCAACCAAGCGAUCGUCGAUCCCUCCGACCUCGCCAGUUCCUCGGCCUUUACCCUCUUCUGCCAGACCAUCGGCGGUGCCAUCUGGGUGUCCGCAGGUGAGUCGGCCUUUGUGAACCGACUCGUCCAGAAGCUGCCCGAGACCGCCCCGGGCGUCGACCCGGCAGCUGUUGUGGCUGCGGGUGCCACCGCUCUGCGCCAGACCUUCACCGCCGCACAGCUUCCCGGAAUCCUGGUGGCGUACAUGGACGGCCUGACGGACACCUUCCUGGUCGCCUUGGUUCUGGCCUGUGUCGGUUUCCUCGUCGCUCUCUUCCCCAAGUGGGAGAGUCUCAAGGGUCGAAUGACGGCUGGAGGAGCUGUAUAA